UGGCUUUUGGCUGUACUACUUACAGUUGCAUUUACGUCCGCGACUCAAAGGCUGUAGGUAUUGCCAGGCUCCUCCAGUUGUGGUCAUCAUCACUCCGACGUUUUGUGAAGUCCUUUUCCCUCUGGAGCUGAAUAAUCUGAACGCUGCGUUGCGUUGCUGUAUGCAAGUAGCAUGCGUCAUGAAAACUCCCUCGUGUCAUUGCUGCCUACGCAUCUUCCAUCUCACAGCUGAUAUCCUCCCAUCAUAAGCCCCUCUCUGAUUCGGAUUCCAGCUUAGUUUCCAGAUGCGUUCCUUCUCCACAUUGGAGUUCCGGCAAUUUUAGUGUCACGAAGAAGACUCUUUUCAAUAGCUGUGCGGAUGUCUCCUCUUGGUCCACAAGUUUCCCGACUCUGAGUGUUGGUCCUGAGGUGGGUGUAUCAAGCUUCCGCUGGAAUCUCGUCUUCGAAGCUCAAGAUUUGGUCAUUACUGGGUGCCUUGGAUUCAGGAAAAUACACACAGCUGAACUUCUUUAGUCUGAAACUGAAGAGAUCAGACAUUUUUCCUGGGAAGUGAGCCGUUGUUAGCUCUACAUUGUCAUCUCUACAUCGACCUGCAGAGUGAACAAUAUCGCACUGCAUUGUGGAUUCGUGAGCUUCGGUGGACUGAGAAUCUCCGAGGAAGGCGCAGAAUGGAACCCCUUCAGCUGCGGAAUGGGGCGGUCGCCACCUUUGCGGCCUUGUGUUGGGCUAUGGUGAGCUGUGUCCACGGGGUCACAUUCCUUGAGCAGUUUACUCCCUUCUCCAAAGAUGGGUAUCACGUUCAAGUAGCGCCCGAUGGCCAGGAGGCCAAGAUUGUGCUGGAUCAGUAUGCCGCAUCUGGGUUUGGAUCAAAUUACCAGUAUUUGUUUGGGAACAUCACGAUGAUGAUCAAGCUUGUGCCGGGUGAUUCAGCUGGCACAGUCACUGCUUAUUAUCUGUCGUCUGCCCAACCCAACCACGAUGAGCUGGAUUUUGAGUUCUUGGGCAACGUCUCUGGCCAGCCAUACAGUCUGCAGACCAAUGUCUAUGCUAACGGCAUUGGUCGCAGGGAGCAGCGGAUCAGCCUUUGGUUUGAUCCUACCACGGAUUACCACAGUUAUGGCGUUCUUUGGAACAGGAAGCAGAUUAUUUUCACAGUUGACAACAAGCCUAUCCGCCUCUUCAAAAACAAUGAAGAUGUUGGUAUCGCAUAUCCCAAUAGCAAGCCCAUGGGUUUAUACGCCAGCCUUUGGAACGGAGAUAGUUGGGCUACACAAAAUGGCUGGGUCAAGACCAACUGGACUCAUGCGCCCUUCAUCGUGUCGUUCAGAGAUUUCAGCACCUUGGAUGGCUGCGUGGUGACUAAUGACAUCAACCCAUGCACCCAGGUUACCCCCACCCACUGGUGGGAAGCUUCAGCCUACCAAACCAUAGACCACAAUCAAGCAGAGCAGCUCCUGUGGGUGAAGAAUAAUUACAUGAUUUAUGACUACUGCACAGAUACCUCAAGAUUUCCUUCUCCUCCUGUGGAAUGUAGCCGAAAUGUACCCGUCUUGUGAUCCUUAAAUGGUUCUCACCGCACAACGGCUGAAAAAUUGUACUUCCAGCAGUUUGCGGAGAACUCCUUCACAGCAGGCUCACUCACAUUAAGGGAGAAACCUCACAUAAAGUCUUGGAAUCCUUCUUCUACUAUGUCGGUUCCUGAUAUACUAGGCGCUCAAGUUCCAAUGGGACGUGAAGGCAAUGGUCAAGAAUUUCGGACAAGAGAAUAAGCAUGUUAGGUUAGUAGUGGCGAACCUUCACUGUCGGUGAUAGGCUCAUUGAGUCUUUUUUUCUUCUUUUCUGUUUUUUGUUGAUCAUUUUUUCACUGAUGAGGGUGGACCUAAUCGCUCCCGUGUACAUUAUUAUUGCAAAACUAUGAUAUGACAAAACUAGGACCACUUUGCAAUUAAUAAAUAUAAACUACUAUUGAAUCCUUCUGUGGAAAA